AUGGGAGGCAGAGGACGUGAACUCUGGAUAGGAAGUGCCCAUUCUCUUAGAGAAACCACUCAGGACAACACAAGGGACGCCUUCUAUGAUAAACUGAAUGCGUGGGUGUUUAAAAUACCGAGUCAGCAGGUGCUCAUGGUCGGAACGUCAGAAGCAAAUGCGAAGAUGGGACUUGAACAACAAUCCUAUGUGCUAGGAAGGUGGUAUUAUCCAGCGGAGCGCACGUCGGAUAACGGUAACUAUCUGGUCGACUUAAGUGAACUGACGGGUCGCUUCAUCGCUUCCACGUUUAAGAGAAAUCAUCAACCCCAUCAGCAUACAUGGCAAGGACGUUGCUCUUCUGGCUUUAAAGGGACAACCCCUUUAAAGCCAGAAGAGCAACGAAAGCAGAGAAUUGAAACAUUCAAACCUGAGCAGGACUACGUUCUAAACACUCCUCAUCUAUAUUGUGAGAUGAGGAGUGAAUAUCUCGAGCUGUUCGAGACGUACGCUCAACUCUGA